AUGUUAUCAAAACGGAGUUGGUGCCACAUAGGUCACAGCUCAACAGGGGUUACUGUUGUUGACCUCGCCCGCUUUGAGAAUCGGAUCGACCCCUCAGACCCCACAAAAGAUCACCGUUUCUCUGAGCCGAUUUCUAGCCAUGCAUGGCGCGAUACAACCAGACCUCCCAUCGAGCAAACUUUAUUGGUUGCUAUACGCGGCGGUUGUAUGGUGUUGCACUGUGCUUUUAAAAUUGUUCAGGUUUCAAUAGAUACUCACAGCCAUUACAUGAAAAGCCAUUCCAGAAGUACGAUGGAGCAAUCUCCUGAAUCUCCAUACUCUGUUCGCCCAGUGCAGUUGUCGCCUAUGAUGAUUUGCAUAGUGCUGACCGGCAAUUGA